AUGGCAAUCCCUCUGUCUCAGAUGCUGGGUGGCAAGCCACCCUUUCCCAACGCCAAUUUCAGCGCCCUGGCACAGCGCGAUGGCGCGGACGAAGAGUGGUCCUACUCUGAUGAGUACGAACCUCGAUCCCGCAGCCGGUUCAGCUCCUGGCAACUGCUGGGACUCUGCCUCUGUUGCCUCGCUACCGUCGGUCUGCCAAUCCUUGCGGCCUCGUUCUUCCUCAACUCCUGGGCGCAAGACGCCAUGGAAGCCUCGGGCUUUCAGACCUUCGGAGUCGCUACCACGGUGGCAUCGGUAGACAUCUCCAUGCUGAGCGGGCGAUGGAGCUUUGGGGAUUUGGAGGUGCAGAGUCCAGCUGGUUAUGGUCGGCACAAUUUCAUGUCGAUUGGCAGUGGCGUCUUCGACAUAGGUGUCAAAUCCGUUUUUUUCUCGCCUUUGGUCAUCCAAGAGCUGUCUUUGGCAGACGUACAGGUCAACAUCGAUCAGCACGUGGAUGGCACCUCCAACGCGAAGAUGAUCAUGGAGCACAUCGACGAGGUCUCGGAUUCUGCAGCAAGCAAGCGGUUUAACGAGGCCCUGAUGAACAAGAAGGUGACUGUUGACAAGAUCACCUUCACCAACAUCGUGACACGGCUCUGCCUUCACCCUUCCUGUGAAAUGUCGCCGCCGCCCUACUUCGUCAUCAAGACGGUCGAGGUGAACGACGUGGGCAAGCAGACUGGUGGGGUCUUCGUGCCAGACCUCUUCCAAGUCAUCGUCCGGGCGGUGGUGAUCGCCGCCAUCAAGGCAGCACCUCAUCAGCUGGGCAGCCCACUGGCAGAGAGCUUGGGUGCAG